AUGAACAGGAUGUUAUCUCGGUUUGCCAAAUCGUUUGUGGCCAUCAUUUUGGCUUUGCUCAUCUUGACUACGAUAGCGUUACUGCAUCCCCCGUCUCGCGCGUACAUUGAUCCAUGGACUGGCGAACUCUUUGGGGAGGGAGGGGUCGAGCAGUUCAUGCAUCGUCCGUCGCAUACCACUGCCUUCCACGACCAGCUGGCGAAAGGCGUUGAAGGGGGCGUCAUUAUGGGAAAGCUAGGAAACGCUACAGCGAAAGCUGCGCUCGGAAGGGCAACAUGGAAACUUAUUCACACCAUGACUCUGCGGUACCCCGAGUCACCAACAGCCGACGAACGAGAUGCCCUGAACUCAUAUUUCCAUCUGUUGUCACGGUUAUAUCCAUGUGGCGAAUGUGCUACGGAAUUCCAGCAGUUGCUGAAGAAAUUUCCUCCGCAGACAUCAUCUAGGCGCGCUGCUUCGCUGUGGCUCUGUUUUGUUCACAAUCAAGUGAACGAACGGCUGAAGAAGCCAAUUUUUGACUGCGCACAUCUUGAUGACGAAUAUGACUGUGGAUGCGGGGACGAGCCUAAAGCAAAGCAAGACGCAGCAACCCCCGUCGAGCACGAUCCUACUAAAGACGAGAUCACACAUGCGCCACUGAUAAAAGGUGGUCGAUAG